UGCCUUCCAACAAAACGUUCUUGUUAUAUCGCGCUCGUGGCAAUUUACGCGGGUUUAACAAUUUUUUUUAAAAUAUAUUUAUAAAAAAGUGAUUCCUUCGAAAUGACUAUGCCGUAUCCACCCUCGUUUCAACUCCAGGAGAAAUUUGAAAAAUUGUCUUUCCAGUAUGAGAGUCAAAUUUCCGAAGACAGCGCCAUCUCGGGUUGUUCCACCCCUUCGACCCCCACCAGUCCCAUCGAUUUUGAAAUCAAAAUAGCAACAAACGAAGACAAAGAGAAAGUACGCGAAUUUCUCCAAAAAUUUUUCUACAAAGACGAACCGCUUAAUUUGUAUCUGGGUUUAAUUACAGACGAAAAUCCGAGAUGUAUGGAUCUCGAAAGGUUUACUCUCAAGGACAUGGAUAACGGAGUUAAUUUAUUGGCUGAACAAAACGGGAAACUGAUUGGAGUUUGUCUUAAUGGAACCUUUGAACGAGGAAAAAUGGAGAAUUUUGAAUGUACGGAUGCGAAAUUUUCGAAAAUUGUUAGCUUAUUAGAUUACGUUGCAACUGAAUCAGACCCUUUCAAAAUAUAUCCUGGCAUCGAUAAAGCAAUGACCGUUAAAAUUUUAUCUGUUGACGGAUCUUUCAGAGGAAAGGGGAUAGCAAAAGAUCUCAUGAUAAAAACAAGAGAAUUGGCGAGACAAAAAGGCUGUGGUUUUAUAACAGUGGAUUGUACAAGUCACUACACAGCUUGUGCAGCCAAAAAACUGGGAUUCAAACUACAUUACACUUUGAACUAUGAAGAUUACAAAGUUGAUGGGAAGACUGUCUUUAGACCUGCCCACCCACAUAAAGAGUUGACUGUUUAUACUCAAAGAAUAAUCUAAAAUUAAUUAUAAAUAAGUACCUGUAGUGAUAGCAAGACUUUAUUUUUGACACACUGGUUACAAUGGUUACAAAAUAGUUUUUUUUCGAUAAUUUAUCAUUUUCUAUCAGAGAAUGUUGUACUAAGGAAAGAAGCUUUUCGGUAGCUCAAUUAUUUGAGUAUGUAUCUGAAACGUGGAUUACGUUCCUUACCACUUAAACCACCCUUAGCAAAAUUGUGACCCCU